AUAAGCGUGUUCAUUGAUCUGUUCUCCUAAGCGCCAGCAAGCCACAAAAGCUAGAGUUGAAACGAACAGAAUCCUAACAGUAUCAGAGAGAUGCCAUGAGACAUGCCAUCGAUACAGUAACCAUCGUCAUCUCCCUCAACAAAGUCAGCUUCUGGCUUUAGUCAAAAAGCGAUCUGCGAUCCAAUCAGCAUCUACUUUGCCUUUGUUCUACCCCCGGUUGUCUGCAUGGGCAUACUAGAAAACAAGGCACCUGCCAGAUCACUCGAGACUAACCAUGCAGUGUUGGCCAUUCGAAGCUGACCGACUGAGUGGUUUUGUCUGAUGCUUGCAUCCACGCACAGAUGCCAUACAAUGCAAACAUCUGCUGUACAGUCUUUGAGAUGUCUCCCCUAUCAACACAACCGUCCGUGACAGCAUACAACAUAGGCCUGACGUCUGGCUGGCGGUCCUUCUCCCUCUCCCUCACUACUGUGUCCAUGCUGCGCAGCUCUGUCUCUCUGCAUCUCCGUAAAGCGCCUCUUACUGCCAAAUACCGACCCAUGAAACCCUUACGCCUUAUAAAACACCAGGAACCAGUACAAACAACACAAAUAUACCUGCAGCGGCCAUCAUUCACGAUGCAGUGAAAAAACACUUAUAGAAAAGGUGUUCAUCGGCAUGAAAAAGCGCUAUCGAAAUCCCAUAAACACAUCAGCAGGCGAGUUGCUUGCUCAUGGCAGCGCUUUCGUGGCGUACGAAGGUGAGUGAGAAGACGUCAGGCGACCUCACUUUGUCGUCCAUGUCAACACACUCGUGUGGGGCAAUCGUAAGCGAGCCACAGAUGGAUCGUGGUCAGAGGAUCCAGCUUCCAAGUCAGGUGUGUUGACAUGAAUGAUGUCAUACUCGCGCUUCGAGAAGGCCUUGUUGACCAGAAUGUAGUCAAGGGCUUGCGAAUUGCCUUCCGCGCUGAAGAUGGUCGUGAAGCGCUCAGGAGGCUCAAGCUGGUCGGUGGUAAGGUUUUUUUUGUCGUUUUUUUUGUUUGUGUGUUUUUUUUUUGCCACCAGACAACUUGCAUUGACCGUAACACUCGUCUGUGUGUCCGUGACACUCAUAUAAAUACAGUCCUAUGAGCACGCAGAGUCAAACAGGCUCAAGGGGAGGAGGGAUCGAUCCCCGCCCCAUCAGCUCUUCCUCCUUCUUGCUCCUCUUGACGUCAGGUGCGUUGCGGCACACUUGCUGCAGUUGGUCGAUGGCUGCAUCGUUGUAGUGGAGGAAACGCUGGUGAGCGAGCUCCUCGCUGAUGAUCUCGGCUGCCAUCACUGCCGCGUGUACUUGGAGGGGGAGUAUGUGAUGAAUGUUUCUCUACAAAAACUUGCGCAUGGACCAGUCGACUUGGAGGGUGUGUUCAUGAUGAAUGCCUCUAUGCGCACAUUUACGUAUGCAUGCGUGGACUUGGAGGGUGUGUAUGUGAUGAAUGUCUCUCUGGAGAAGGAUACGGCAGCCUGGACAGGCGACGAGGGCGGCGGGUGUGCUGAGUCGGCGGCUGAUCGGUGAAGGCUGCAGCGUGGGGGUUACCGCAGGUCCCCGCGGCUCCCCAAAUGUAGGAGGGAACGUGCGAUCGGUAGCCUGAGCGAGACGCACAACGCAAUGCCGGCAACAUUGGAGAGUGGCAAAGGCUUCCGGGGGUGGCCUCGCGACAGGGAUGGCCACGCCGUCGUGUCAUGGCCAACAGCAUGCCCAUCGACUACAAACCUAUAUGUUGCUUACAUCUUUUCAUUAUAUCCCUCAUAGGCGAGAGACAACUUGCAUUAACCGCAACACUCGUCUGUGUGUCCGUGACACUCAUAUAAAUACAGUCCCAUGAGCACGCAGAGUCAAACAGGUUCAAGGGGAGGAGGGAUCGAUCCCCGCCCCAUCAGCACGUCCCAGCCCCGCAAACCCGCCCCUCCCUCCCCCACGCAGACAGAAGCUAGUCGCACGCGCGAGGGCGAUAGACAAGCGAGAGCGAAUCCAUCCAGACACAUGACUGAACCCCCGACCCUUCCAGCCCUCCUUCUCCAACAGCGCAUGAGCCAUGUGGGCGAUGAACACGUUGGCAUCGUGUCCCCACACACCGUCACACGUCACCACCAGCGGGCAGAAGGUCACGCGGGAGUCGCAGACGGCCGACCGGUAUUUCUUCUUCUUGGCGGUCUCGUGCUGCCUCAGGAUGGACUUAGUCGAUCGGUUCUUGGAAGCAUAAGACGGUGCGUCAGCAUCAGUGAUGUAGAUGUCAAACGACGCAGCCGCCUGCCGCUCCCACACGCCCCGAGCGACGAUGUCCGCCCUGACCCCACCCUCCCCCUCCUUCAACACCACCUCCCGACGCACACCAGCGUCACCCCACGCCAUCCCAAUCAGCUCGGCAAAAGUGUCCCGCAGCUCGUUGUGGCGACGAAUCAUCAGGCCGUACCGCUUGCAGCACAGCGCAUGGUCGACGGUGAGGGGCUGGUUGCAGUGGUCGCAGCGUGCGGCGAGGCCGGGCGGGUGACGGCCGUAUCGUAUGUUGAGGGCAUCUCGAAACUCCGCAGCAUCAAGAUCAGUGUUGUUGUCUGUCAGCGGGAGGACGGUCAGCCAGCCGGACGUCUUAUAUUCGGCGCUGCGGGAGAGGACGCGAUGGCGCCGGCGGUCGAUGUGCGGCAGGGCGGCUUCCCUCUUGGCUUUGUAGGCGGAGUCCUGCUGCUGCUUGCUCUGGGUGAGGGCGUGGCGGAUGGUGGCACGAUGGUCGCCAGGGUAGAAAGGAGCCUUGCCUUGGACGGGCUUGGAGACCACCUUGGUGCUCGCAUGGGAGGCGGGGUAUGCGGCUGCGGCUCGGUCGAGAGGGUCACGUAUGCCGGUGCCGCCAUGUCGGGCCGGCAGCAGCAUCAGGUCGACCUCGGACGGCGUCACAGGGCCGCCGAGAAGGGGCAGCUCCUUGGCGAUGGCCUCGCGGAGGGGGCUGAGAGCGCACUCGUCGGUGAGGACGACGCGGAAGACGUAGUCCCACUCCAUCUGCAGAGACCUUGUCAUUGCCGCGUGGGCCGUGUGCGGGAAGUUGCGGGCAGCAGAGGCGAGCGCGCGCACGCCGUGCACCCGCCCCUUGACCUUCUCGCAAAGGAACGCCGCCCUCCCCCCCUCAUCGCCCACAUAUCCGCCCAGGAACCUCUUGCCCGUGACGAUUUGCACCCCCUCGGGCUCGAAGAGCUCCCUUGCGAUAUGCUCGAGCUCAGGUUUGACAAUGAGGAAGCACUUGGCGGCCUCCGGGUGAUAGCCGUAUGAAGGACCGAUGCGGCGCAGGCCUCGAAACCACACUAGGAUGCCGUGAAGUUUGCCGAGCGCCGAUGAGUCAUCCGCAUACCAGCACUGUUGCAGCGAAGCGCCGGAUGAAGAGGCCGACGACGCCGACGAGGCCGACGAAUUCUCCUCCUCACCAACUCCAACACCUUCUACAUCAGAACACACACACACUCGCACCAUUCCCCUCUGCUUCUGGUGGCGCGUCACUGGCUUCUUCUGGCCUCUCUGGCGCUUCUGAUGGCGCAUUUUCGUUCUCGUCCGUGUCUGACCCAGACCCAUCGCCGU